AGCGAUUGACUUUGAAAUAGGGUCGGCAUAAUUUAUUUCUCGUAUUCCACGCACGCAUCUAAUUCAAAUUCAAUUUCGAUCGACAAAUUGGGGAAAAUCCGGUCAUCUGGAUCUUGAUCCAUGAAGCGGAAAACCGUAAAGUCUAUUACCAAAAAAUCGUCCGGCAUUCUCUCUCUAAUUUCCCCAAAAUCCCAUGAGCUCAAUUCGACUGACCCGCAGCUUUUUGUCGCCGCGAGAGAUAACAAAGACGAUCCAGCAGGGCGGCCGUGACCUCUGCCCCAGCGGCGCAUAUAAUGUGUAGUAAAUCCCGAUCAUAAAUAAGCCUCUUUAUCAAUCGUUCGCUGACCGACUGACGGACCGGAAACCUCAACAAAGUAAUUUCACUUCGCCCGACGAGGAAAGAAGAGCAGCCAAAAAGCUCGACACACGCAUUGCAGAAUCCAGAAGAUUUGGCAACCAACUAGAGCUAUUUUAUUGUUUCGCCGUACUGUUUCACUUUAUAUAUUUUUUUAACUGCAAGAGGAAAAGCGAACGAAAUGAGGAUGAGCGACGUGAUUUUCCGACUGCUGGCGGCGGCGGCCUGCUGCUUUUUUGCAUGCGGCGUCGCAAAUCCAGUGGAGCCAGACAGACUUGAAGCGUUGUGCCCGGGCCACGCCAAUCUCUCCACUCUGAAGCAGCAAAAUGUGCUUACUCGGCUCGGCGACAAAUUUUACUACAUCAGCUUCCACGAUGCAAAUCAGGGCGGCCUGGAAUUUAAGUUGAGCUGGAAGGAAGCAACAGAGUGGUGUCAGCGACACGCCAUGGAAUUAGUCAGCGUGGACUCGCACACCGAAUCAGCCCUUCUGCGGCAAGAGAUGCUGCGAUACGCCGAGAAUCUAACAAGCCCCGUGCCCGAUUUGUACUGGAGUAGUGGACGGUGGGAUUCGGGCAAUGAUUUACCGCAGGUCGAGAUUGGGGGCGUUGUGCGCGACAGGUUCAGGUGGACAGGUAGCGGCGACUGGAUUAGAGACGCUGAGAUCUUCAAAGCCACAAAGCCAGGCGAGUGCAUCGUGCUCAAUACUUACUAUGUCUACAUCAAGCCCGACGGACGGAUUAAGAAAUACGCAAGAGACUGCGAGCGGAGGUCUAGCUUUAUUUGCGAACUGGAGAGGUGGAAUUGUCUCGAUUAGCAAACAAACACCUGAGUCCGAUUCAAAAGCAUUUUUCGCAAUUUUUUAUUCGUCAAUAAUAUUUUCCGGCGAAAAAAUGUCAAAUAUACAAUCAUAAUCAAAUCCUGUCCGGUUUUAGAAUUUAGCAAAUAAAAUUUUUAAUUAUUUCUCCUUUUGACUCAUCCUUCAUCAACAGCAAUACAUUGAGUAAUGAGAUAGAUCAAUUAAUUAUGGAGGUAUUUUAGUUCUGCUCGUACACUGCUUAAAAAAUUACACAUCUCCUGCCAGACAAACUUGGGAAACAAUAGAGUAACGAUCACUAAUUUUACGUUUCUGGAUCACAGAUACUAUUAUAUUCUUCAAAAUUAAUUAAUAUUAUUAAUUUUCUUUUAAGUUACGUUACACAUCUAGGAAAAUUGCUCAUUAAAGAGGACAUUGCAUCGCUUGGUUGUGUAUUAAUCUGAUACUGGCGAUAUUAAUUAGAUACAGUGAUAUCUUUCCCUACACAACAAGAUUGAAUAUUAUCAUUAUGUUAUAUGGUUUAUGUACUCUUUGCAUUUUUUUGUAUAUAAUUUUACUUCGUUAUUUUCAUAAUUUCAUAACAUUUCACUCUUGCUCAUUUUUUUUUUUUUUAAUUGAUAAUUUUAAGUUUAGUUAAAUAUUUCCCAUGUUAUAGCUCAUUUUCAAUCAAUCGGAUGAAUAAAUUGUGAAAAAAUAUAGAUAGAGUGGGGGAGAUUCAACAUUAUUUUCACUUGUUUUUUCAAUCAGCUCAAAUUGAUACAUUUUCCGGCAUGAUUGAUUUUAUGGUUCAUAAAUUUAAUCGGUUGAUGGUCACAAUAUUGCUCUUUUUAUGUAUGAACGCGCCUAGUUUUUGUUGCUAGGCCUACGUACUGUGCAAUAAAUUAUAACAAGGACA